AUGCAGACCUUUGGCCGUCUUCUCUCUGUCCUUACCUUCUUGCUCUCCCUCGGGUUCCUUGCCCAGGCUUUGCCUGCUGCUCCUGCUUCAGGACUGGCCGUUCGCCAGUACAACUCCCCCUCUACCCAGUCUCCUGGUAGCGGUUACACCAAACCCAGCUCGGACAGUGGAUCCGGGGUUACACCCGUUCAGGGUGUCAAGACCAUCGAUGUCGUUGCUAUAGUCAAUGUCGACCUCACACCUAAAGUUCAAGCUCAUGUUGCGGCUAUUGCUGAGGUCAAGACUGUUGCCGACCUUGAUGUUAAGGUCAAGGCCCUCAUUGUUGACAUUAAGGCGAUCAUUGCUAUUCUCGUUGGCGCCAAGGUCAACAUUGAUGCUGAAGCUAAGCUCAAGCUUGCUGUUGCCAUCCACGCCAUGAUCAUUUCUAUUGUCAAGGUCUGCGCCACCGUCGUUGCCAAGCUUGGUGUCAGCGCAUGCGUUGGCAUUAUGGCUCAGCUCGAUGUUGUCAUUCACAGCCUUAUCUUGACUCUCAUUGUCUGCAUUGACGGUUUCCUCGGCCUUUUGGUCAAGCUCUUCGUUGACGUUGACGCUACUGUUGUUGCCGCUAUCAAGACUUGCGGCCUUAGCCUCAUUGCUAAGAUUCUCCUCAACAUCAACCUUGGUGUCAACGCGUCGAUCAACUAA